GCCUUUCCGUUGCUAGGAGAGUGAGUGUCUGUGUGUACAUGCGUGUGUGUGUGUGUGUGUGUGUGUGUGUGUGUGCGUGUGUGUCAGUCAGUUAGCGGUAAGCUCGGCUCGGACAUCGCGUUGAGGACUUUUUUGAGGCGAGAGUGUCAGCAGUCAUGUUCAGGGAGCUGCCGGACACCCACGACCGCGAGUGUCUGGGUAGCAUGACCCCCGAGACUCAGGACAUCUACCUCAGGAUAGACCACCGUCACCGGCGCUCCGGGUACCGCCUUGGACGGAUUAUGGCCCGCCAGCAGCUCCUCAACAAGAUCGCCGGAGAAAUCGAGGCGAAGGAAGCGUGUGAUUGGCUACGGGCGGCAGGGUUCCCUCAGUACGCUCAGCUUUUUGAGGACUCGCAGUUCCCGAUAGACAUCAGUCCAGUGAAGAGAGAUCAUGACUUCCUAGAGAAGGACCUGGUUGAACCCCUUUGCAGGCGUCUGAUCACCUUGAACAAGUGUGCCUCUAUGAAACUUGAUGUUAAUCUCCCAAGGAAAAAGAGUGAAGAUUCUGACGAGGAGGACGUGUUCGCCAUCAGCGACCGAUGGACCUUUGAGUGGACCAGCCGCAGGUGGUCCCGCCUUCAGGACAUAGACGGGUUUCCUCGGCAACCAGGGGGAGGGGCUUCCCAACGGCGGGGGCGGGGCUCCCCUGAAGGCGGCCACCAGCAGCGAGAGAGCGUUCUGACCGACCUCAGCGAGCCCGAGGUGUCGUCGCUGCACAGCGAGAGCAGCGGCGGCAGUCCCCGACCGGGGGGCCCAGCACCGAGGACUCGGACGGCUCCAACCAGGACCGGCUCCGACUCGGCCACCAUGCCGGACCCCACCUCCGUCGGCCUGUCCCACAUCGCCAGGGACGGCACCGGCUACGGCUCCCUGCCUCGGAGGCACGCCCGGCUGGGACGCACGCGCGCCAAAGACUUCCUGAAGCGCAUGGAGACACUGCGGUCCCCGGGGGGCUCGACCGGCAGCCGCAAAACGCCGUCGAUAGGCGCCCCCGUUCUGCAGGACCCCCCGCCGGGGCUGAAGAGCGUCCGAUGCGUGGAGAUCGUCGACGGGGAGAUGCCGCCGCCGCCGCCGCCGCCGCCGCCGCCGCCGCCGCCUUCGGGGGUCCGGACGGCGACCUCCCAGUCGACCAGCGAGGGCAGCAGCUGCGCCUCCAGCGGCAGCGCGGCCAGCACCCCCAGCCUGAAGGAGCGCAAGGCCACGCGGGCGGACCACAAGCGCAGCGGCAUGUACCUGGAGGACCUGGACAUCUUCUCGGCCGGCCAGGUGAAGAGGGUCGCCGAGCAGAACCGCCGCAACGAGUUCUGCUCCCACGAGGACCUGGUGGUCCACAUCCCCAAGGACCACAAGCCCGGGACCUUCCCCAAAGCCCUGGUCCAUAGAGAGCCUGUCGCCACCUCGCCCCCGACGAACUGGCACCAGGCGGGCGUCCGCCUUCGUCUCCCCGGCGGCGGCGGCGGCGCCCGCCCCCCUGGCGCCAAGGAGCCGCGGCCCAUGACGCAGUGCGCUCCCGGGGCAGGCCGCAUCAGCGUGUACGACAACGUGCCCGGGUCCCAUCUGUACGCCAGCCCCGGUGACCUGAUCGACAUGGAGAAGGAGGACCUCUUCCCCCACCUGGACGACAUCCUGCUCCACGUCAACGGCCUGCAGCAGAUCGUGGACCACUGGUCCCAGAACGUGCUCCCCGCGGCCGAGGCCAAGAGCCAGGGCGUCGUCCGGGGAGGAGGGGACGCCGGGCGGAUCGCUCUGGACUUCGAGGCGGACGCGGCGACGGAGGGCCAGCGCACGCCUAGCAACGGAGAGCGGGACCAGGUGUCGCUGGCGGAGCUGGAGGGGAGCCCGGGUCCGGGAGAGACGGGGACUCCGGGGUCGGGGGCGUCGCUGACCAGACCCAGACGGUUACGAUGGCCAAGCUUCCAGAUAGCCAAUCGGCUCAGCCUCUCGGUGGCGUCCCUGCAGAUCACCAACCAAUCAGCAGGCCAGCUGAGUCUGCUGCAGAAGUUCUCUCUGCUCCGCCUGACGGCCACCAUGGAGAAAUACUCCAUGUCCAACCGCCACGGCUGGACCUGGUCCGUGCCAAAGUUCAUGAAGCGGAUGAAGGUACCGGACUACAAGGACAAGAACGUGUUUGGGGUCCCCCUCAUCGUGCACGUGCAGCGGUCGGGCCAGCCGCUGCCCCUCAGCCUGCAGCAGGCCCUGCGGUACCUGAGGAGCCAGUGUCUCGACCAGGUGGGCUUGUUUCGUAAAUCGGGGGUGAAGUCUCGGAUCCAGGCUCUGCGGCAGAUGACCGAGAACUCCCCGGACAACGUCAACUACCAGGACCAGUCGGCCUACGACGUGGCCGACAUGGUGAAGCAGUUCUUCAGAGACCUCCCGGAGCCGCUGCUGACCAGCAAGCUGGGAGAGACCUUCCUCCAUAUCUACCAGUAUGUCUCCAAGGACCAGAGGCUGCAGGCCGUUCAGGCGGCCAUCAUGCUGAUGUCGGACGAGAACCGCGAGGUGCUGCAGACGCUCCUCUGCUUCCUCAGCGAUGUCACUUCCUCCGUGGAGGAGAACCAGAUGACCCCCAUGAACAUCGCCGUGUGCCUGGCCCCCUCCCUCUUCCACCUCAACCUCCUGAAGAAGGACAACCUCUCCCCCCGGGCCUUGCAGAAGAAGUACGCCACGGGCCGACCGGACCAGAAGGACCUGAACGAGAACCUGGCGGCGACACAGGGCCUCGCUCACAUGAUCACGGAGUGCAACCGUCUGUUCGAGGUACCGCCGCACUUACUCUUCAUGGUCACCCAGUCCCGCAACUCGUGACGUGAGGAGGCGGACCUCCACGCGCCCACCCUCAGCGGGCUCUGCCGGCUGCUGGAGGAGGACGACGGGGUCCCUGCCCACCCACAUGGAGACCGGCUGCAGAGCCUGCUCCGGGAGGCCCGCGAGAGGUCCAAGUACUGGGUCUCCUGCAGCAGCUCGGACAACACGGAGCUCUGCUACAAGAAGGUAGGAGGGGCUUAUGCGGGCUGACCGGUUAACCCACUGCGUCGCUGGCGCGGUGUCCGUGGAGGUGGAGGCCCGCCCUCGGUGGUGCUGAACCGCGUGCUGCCUUGUGAGCGCCACCUGUGGGACGUGGACCUCCUUCAGUGGAAGGUGACGGAGACGCUGGACAGACAGACGGAGGUGUUCCAGUACGUCCUCAACCGCAUGCCCCCCCACCCCAGCCGCGACUUUGUGGUGAUCAGGUCAUGGCGGACGGACCUCGCUAAAGGAGCGUGUUCGCUGGUGUCGGCGUCGGUGGAGCGAGAGGACAGCCCCCUGCUGGGGGGGGUCCGGGCGGUGGUACUGGAGUCUGGCUACCUGCUGGAGCCCUGUGGCUCCGGGAAGUCCCGCCUCACGCACAUCUGCAGGGUGGACCUCAAAGGGCGGACUCCUGACUGGUACAACAAGGUGUUUGGUCACAUCUGCGCCGCCGAAGUCGCACGCAUCCGCAACUCCUUCCAGCCAAUCAUCGCCGACGGACCCGAGACCAAGAUCUGAGCUCCGUCCUAUCACGCGUCAGCCCCGGCUCAGUUCAGACCACAAAGGAUUCUGGAUCGGAGAGAAACCAGACGUCGGUCCGAGUCCGCACUAAAGCACAGUCUGUUAGUCGUUUGUAAGUCUAGUCGUUUGUUUGUUGUUGUUUGUUUUGGUCGACCCACCAGAGAGAACUUUUCUGGACUGUAUGGACUAAAGGAGGUUGUCUUGUCGGGGCUUGACCACACAACCCAAAGGGAAAAUAAAUUAAUCCUGCCAUCGUCUCCAGACCUAGGACCGUUCAUAUGUUCAUUCAUGUGUUCAUGUUGAUGAUGCUGUAUAAUAUAAUUAUAAUUGUCAUUAAUAAUAUUAUUGAUGCUGUAAUCUACAAUGUCUAGGACAUCUAGAAUCUGAAAGGCUUCUGGGAAGCGUAUGUAUUUUUAGUAAUUUCUAAUGUAUGCCAUACUUAAUAAUGUGUCAAAGAUUGUAUAUGUGUGAAUAAGAUGUACAUGCAAACAAAAUGUGUAUAUAUAUUAUAAUAUGUGAAAGGGUUAAUAUGGCAAUCAUAAUUUCCUAUAUAUUGAUUGUUGUGUUGUCUCUGCCUUCCUGUAAUAUGUAUUGGUACGAACUGUAUGAUGUUUAUACUGCAGUAUUGCUGUUUGGAAUGUCCGUAAUUUUAUUCAACUAAGACCUCUUUUUAUGGUUGGGAAAACAAUGACAUAAGGUUUGAUUUGAUCAUCCCUGCUUUAGAUUACUUGGCUGUUUUGUCAAGUACCAGAGCAUUUUUUUAAAUAAAUGUUUUAAAAUGUUUAA